AUCACCGGGGGCUUGGGAGGGUGGGGGGCCCCGCGGCGCUGCCAGACCGACCCUUGCCCUUCGCUCUUAAGGAACUCUCAUGGCUUCACGGCUGCAGACAAGUUGCCGCGCAUCGUGGUGGACUAUCGGAGUUUGCAUCCUGGCAGCCGCGCUCCUACCAGGGCUGCAAGCUCAGAGCGUCUUGGUCAAUGACUCCGUCUCGGGGUUCAUCGGCACGGACGUGGUGCUGCACUGCAGCUUCACCAACCCGCUGCCCAACGUGAAGAUCACGCAGGUGACGUGGCAGAAGGCCACCAACGGCACCAAGCAGAAUGUGGCCAUCUACAACCCCGCCAUGGGCGUGUCCAUCCUGUCCCCCUACAAGGAGAGGGUGACCUUCCGGAACCCUUCCUUCAAGGAUGGCACCAUCCAGCUGUCCCGGCUGGAGCUGGAGGAUGAGGGGGUUUACAUCUGUGAGUUUGCCACUUUCCCAACCGGCAACCGGGAAGGGCAGCUGAACCUCACCGUGCUGGCCAAGCCCACGAAUUGGAUGGAGGGCACCAAGAGGCCACUGAUCGCCAAGGCUGGCAGGACAGAAAAGAUCUUGGUAGCCACCUGCACCUCCUCCAACGGGAAACCCCCCAGCACCGUCACCUGGGACACGAAGCUGAAAGGGGAAGCGGAGUUCCAGGAGAUCCGGAACAGCAACGGCACGGUGACGGUGAUCAGCCGGUACCGGCUGGUGCCCAGCCGCGAGGCGCACCGCCAGCAGCUCGUCUGCGUGGUCAACUACCAGCUGGAGAGGUUCACCGACAGCAUCACCCUCAACGUGCAGUAUGAGCCUGAAGUCACCAUCGAGGGCUUUGAUGGCAACUGGUUCCUGAACCGCAAGGAUGUGAAGCUGAUCUGCAAAUCUGAUGCCAACCCCCCAGCUCACACCUACGAGUGGAAGCUGCCAAACGGGACGCUGCCAGGGAGCGUGGAAAUCCAGAACAACACCAUCUACUUCAAAGGGCCCGUGUCCUACAGCGUGGCGGGCACCUACGUCUGCGAGGCCACCAACGCCAUCGGGACACGCUCGGGCUUGGUGGAGGUCAACGUCACAGACAAGCCACUACCUCAGAGUGCCCCGGGAGGCAUCAUUGGGAUCGUGGGAGGCGUCAUCGCCGCCGUCUUCAUCAUCGGCGUGGUCGUCACCGUCAUCAUCGUCUACAGGCGGCAGCAGAAGAGCCGCUCCGACACUGACCACGACCUGAUUGACCUCCCUCCAUCCCACAAACCUGCCCCUCCACCAAAGAGGAAACAGGACGUGAAAAGCCACCUGACUCCAGAAGACAUCCAGGUUGUUCACUUGGACAACAUGAAACACGAGGAGGAGAUCCAGAAGUUCCCUCUGCAGAGCCCCUACUAUGACAUGGCAGCCCCCGAGCCCUCUCCCUACAGUGACAAACUGAAUGAGGAUCAAGGUCUUCGUAGACGUAACGAGCGAGAGUGGACAAACUUUGGAAAGUGUCACUCAGAGAUAUCGAAUGCGAGUGAUUACCUGACCCGCUGUUACUCACAUGAAGAUCGAUAUCUGGAGAAGAUCCCUCAUGUCUAUGCCCCCUUGUCAGACCUCCCGCAAGAUCUUUAUCCUCACCAUUCCGACAUCUCCUUCCGCUGCCCACCUCCCGGCUCCCGGGCUCCUUACAUCUGUCCUAAGGAACAGUAUGUUUAAAGUGUCAACACUGCUAACAAAAACAACAAAAAAAAAACCCCAAAAAACAAAAAUAAGAAGAAACUCAUGGCUUUCACCUCUCCUGUCGCUCAGCAACCAAGGCCUUUCGGCUCCCCCUCCCUCCCUUUGCCAUCGCUCAUUUUAUCGAUUGAUUUUCAAACCCGGGUGCAAUUGCCACGAUUAGUUCGAAGCGUCUGCCUGCCUCGCUAAUGCUCAAGGGAACACUCUGCCUUCUCCCACGUCCCCUCCAGUACCCGCAUCUCUCUUUUCUCCUCCUGGCUCUGUGUGUGCAUGUGUCUGUGGGUGACAGCUGCCCUGUGGUGGAUGGGAUGUGCCCAGCCCAGUCCAGUGUCCGUAGUUUUUCCCCCUGUGUCAAUCCCUGCACUCUUUGCACCGGAGUAGCCGGGUGUGGAUUAUUCACAGCCCUCGCUGCAGCU